AUGGGGGCGUCGGUAACCGCGGCCGCCGCUGCCGUCUUGUCCUCUCCGCCGCAAAUCCCGCUCCGAAUCGCCAAACGGAGCUCGCUUCUUCCCCUUUGGCGGCACCACUUCGGAGCCUCCAAGAUCCGGACCGCCGGCUUCCGGAGACAUCGGGCUGCGGCCUCCUCAUCCACGCCACCGACGCCGGGAGGCGGCCUCUACGAGGCGGCGACCUACGAGCUGACGGCGGAUAACGUCGACCGCGUUCUCGACGACGUGCGCCCCUACCUCAUCGCCGACGGCGGUGACGUCGCCGUCGUGUCCGUCGAAGAUGGCGUCGUCUCCCUCAGGCUUGAAGGGGCGUGCGGCAGCUGCCCGAGCUCGACGACGACUAUGAAGAUGGGCAUCGAGCGCGUGCUCAACGAGAAGUUCGGUGAUGCCAUCAUGGAGAUCCGCCAGGUGUUCGACGGGGACCAGUCGCCGGCAGAGACGACUCCUGAGGCGGUGAACCGGCACCUGGACAUCCUGCGGCCCGCGAUCGCGAACUAUGGUGGAAGCGUGGAGGUGCUCGCCGUGGACGGCGAGGACUGCCUGGUUAAGUACGAUGGCCCAGAGUCCAUUGGAAGCGGGGUCAAGGCAGCCAUCAAGGAGAAGUUCCCUGAUAUCACGAAUGUGGUCUUCACCAAGUGAUCCGCAGGUAGGUUUUACUUUUCAUUUAGUUGAUGACUGAAUGACAAGCAAUCUAGUCAGUUGGUUUUAAGUAUCCUUCACUGUAUAACAUUGUCAAUGGAACUGAAGUUUUAAGUAUCCAUCGAGGGCAGUAAGGACAUGCAAAUCGAUAGGAUAAGCAGCAGAAGUGAAGAACAGAUGACUAGCUCAGCAUGUCCCUAAGACAGGAAAAGCGCUCUUCAAUAAAGACAGGACGUGGGAAGAUCAGAAACGGUUUACUGCCGAAUUCCUCCGUAGUUAAUUGUGUAGUCAUUUGAAUAAUGCAUCACUGUCAAUUCUCUGGAAGGAUCAAAUUCGUUGCAGGAUUAAGGCUUUGAUGUUGUUGAGUUCAGGAAAUUCUACUCUUCCGAAAACGAACUGGCAGGGUAACAACUAACAAUGGGCAGUGUGCUUUAUGUAUGCCAAGAAACUGUUGACCAAUCUGUUCUCUAUUUAUCCUGUUGCAAAAGCCAUUUGGGCGAUCAUUUGAUAUGUGUUGGGACUUGGGAACCUUCAACUGAUGUUUAUUUUCUCUGUAUCGCUAUCUGUACUCUCAUUCGUAAUAUAAGCAAGUUCAUGCGCUUCA